UCCCGUCCACCUGUGUCACCCUCUCCCACCUGAUCUGCUUUAGUGCGGCGACUCGCUGCGCCCCCUGCAGGCUGCAGCGUCACAUUACGUCACCAUGGUGUAGGACGAGCGGACGACGGGAGUCCAGUAACAAAAAAAUACCUUCCUGCGUCGCCUCGCUUGCUCCCACAACCGUUACGAGGACUUAAAAACAGGUCGUCUCCAAGCCCAACAUCCUUCUAAAAAAAAAAAAAAAGACCGAAGCAAGCACCAUGAAGCACUUCUUAAGGGUUUUGACCCAGUUCUUCGUGUUCCUUUAUUGCAAAUGUCUGUGGAGAGGACUCAAGUUCGUGGCCCGGAAGUUCAACGGAAGGUGCGAGCUGCAGCGGAUCUGCUACAACAACAAACACGGCGCCCGCAGGACGCUCAAGAUCGAGUCAUCCCUGAGGUACUCCAAAAAUGAGUUGCUGCAGUCGGCCCUUAGCACCCAUCCGGACAAAGUGGAGAAAACCGUUGACGACAUCAUGGCUUUGAAGAAGAUCAACCACGACACCAACCCUCAGUUGGGCAUCUCCCUGCAGGCCAGCCUGCUGCAGAUUGUGGGCUACAGGACUCUGGUGGCCCGGGUGGAGAAGCUGCGCCGGGAGCCGUACGAUUGUGAGAACGCAGAACACGAGGAAAUGCUGAUGAAGCUGUGGAAGGAGCUGCGCCCCGACACACCUCUGACCAGCCGCAUCUCCAAACAGUGGUGCGAGAUUGGUUUCCAAGGCAGCGACCCCAAGACCGACUUCCGAGGCAUGGGCCUGCUGGGGCUCCACAACCUGCUGUACUUCGCCGAGCACGACAAGACCACGGCUCUGCAGAUGCUGCACGACUCGCUGCAACCAAAGCACAAUGAGGCAAACAAGGCUGAAUGGGCACAGCGGAACCUUGACAAAGCAAUUGGCUAUUCGUUCGCCAUUGUGGGCAUCAACAUCACCGACCUGGCCUACUCGCUCCUGGUGAGCGGCGCCCUGAAGACCCACUUGUACAACGUGGCCCCCGAAUUACCCGUCUUGCAGCACUUCCAGCAGACCUUCUGUUACUUGAUGCAGGAGUUCCAGCGCUUCUGGAUCGAGGAGGACCCCAGUGACAUCAUGGAGUUCAACCGGGUGCGCUCCAAGUUCCACCGGAAGAUCCUGCGGAAGCUGAAGAACCCGGACGCCGCUCUGUGUCCCCACUUCUCCGCUUCUGACCUCCACCUGGUCAAUCUGUAAACACUCACCGGAGACGCCCUCCAUGCACCCCACACCCAUCCCGGAUGUCCGGUAGGCCCGUUGUUAAUAGAAACGUGAGCUAACGUCAUCACCGUAUCACUGCCAGCAGCUAAACACACACACACACGAUUGUCCCACCAUCACACGUUUAUCUUGAUUGUAUUACACACGCUUUUACGCUCCUUUUGCGUUUUCCACACGCCAAAAAUUAUGCUCUCGGCAAUAAAAAAAAAAAAAAAAAAAAAAGUUUUGACGUUCUGUCAAAUAUCGUAUUUGAAUGUGGAGAAUAGAUGUACUUACAGUCCUGUGAACGAUACUAUAGAAGUGUGUACAUUUUAGAGUAGUCAGUGUGCAGCUUUUGCAGCAGUUUAGAUUUGCAAUCAGCGCUGGUAACAACAGGGAUGGGAAUUUUCCGCGGAUCCGCGUAAUUCCGCCGAUUUCGGCGCCGCCAGGAUCAUUUCUGUGAAUCGUUUAAAUCCGGGGAGAAAAUUAUAGGGGGGGUUAGGUACUUGUGGUUUUUGUCUCUGCCAGGCAUGGGAUUUUUCCGUCUAAAGUCGGAAUUCCGUCUUUUUUAAUCUCGGAGGGAAAAAAAGUCUCGACCAGUACGCCGUAGUUGAUCGGUCGAUAUGUUCCUUGUGACCAAUCAGGACAUCUGUUAUGAAUGAUGACGUCAUUACCGCCAUUUUCCAAAUGUAAACGAUGUCGGUUCUCGAGAGAAAGGACGCUUCACGAGCAAAAGAAAUUGAUAAACAUGUCAAAAAUAAGUUUCGGUGGGACUGGAUGGAAAGGGAAAUGACUGAUACUGUUGGGAAGAAGGAAGUUACGACUUUGUUCGGAAAAUCGAUCGUCCGGGAAAAGUUUUGUGCACUUGGUGUCAUGAUAAUAUUGACUAUGGAUCACGAGGUUUCAAGGCUUUGGAAGUACAUGCGAAACGGCAAAAACAUAUGAAACAACUUGAAGCAAGGAAAACAAACUUUUUACUAGUUGGUACUUUUGGAUGUCAACCGAAAGUGAGCAAACCUUACGGACUUCAUCCUUUGUUUACAUCGACAACUGCCGUAGACAUCGAGAGGAAAGAUCCACCCAAACAACCCACUUCAGUCGCAGACAGGGUAGUUAAUAAUGAGGUAAGUUAAAAAAAAACAUUUGCUUGCGAAAUACGCAUAUUUGUUUUGAAUAUUAACCAAUUGCUUUGCAAAAUAUAAAUGGCUUUUGCUAAAAAAUAAAAAGCCAUGUGAAAAUAUAUUAUGAAAUUACAGAAAUUCAAAGAGUCGCAUUACUGAUUCCAGUUAACAAUUUAUUUGAAAUAAAUUUGCAUAUAAUACUAGAGGCAGAAGUUGGCAGUGAAAUCCAAAAAAGAAGCUACAAAAGCAGAGACCAAAAGGAAAAUGCAGGCUGCUCAGAAAUUUGCAAGGAAAGCUCAUGUUAGGGCUCUCCGAGCAAGUAAAUGUGUGAAGUGAACUGAAGUAAUGUGGUAAUACUGUAAAUAAACUGUAGAUAAUAACCCUGAUCAAUGUGACACCUGUGGAUGUGAAAUGAACACAAGACGUAAAUAUUAGUGACUAAAUACUGUUGGGACUGAACCAUAUACAGGGAUUCAUUAGGAUAAUUGGGGUAUGUAUGUUCUAUUAAUGAUGUUUUCAUGUCUUUAAACACUAAAAUAUUUUCUUCAAAUGGUGCUGUCUUUGUUAAUUUUAGCAUGUUAAAUUGGUGAAAAACCAGGGCACCACCCUGGACCUGGCUGGGGGAACUUCGUCCCCCAGACCCCAAUAUCGUCGAAGUAGACGAACUGAUCAGCGAUUUCAUUGCAAAGUGCGAUGAACCGAGACGUGCUCAGUGCUUAUAUUGCAAGGACAUUGUGAACUAUGGAUCUCGGGGAAAGGUGGCACUCUUUGACCACGCGAAAUCGACAAGGCAUCUGAGUAAAGUGAGUUUACGGAGAAGAAUUCUGGUUAAUCCCCCCAUUUGUAGGACUAUUUUUGUCUAUAAUCCAAAAGUGUGCAGGAAUUUGAUAUAUGUGUAAACUUGUAUACAUAAAUUUCAUCAAAUGAUACAUUUUUAUGAAAAUAUUUGCUAAAAAAUUAGAAAUUUUGGUCAGGAGAAUAUUGUUAGAUUUUGAUUCAAAAUAGCAGGAAAUGCAUCCUAAGCUAACAUAGAUUUCAAAGCGGUGUUUUAGAAUUAAAAAAAUUUCAGCUAGUUUUGUAAAUCUUCAUUCCCAUCCCUGUAACAAGUGAGUGGCCGGAGAGAUGUGUCUUUCCUUCAGUCAAGCACGGCAGUGCAAGCAUCGUAUUCCAGAAUCUGCUGACAUAUUUUGUUUUGCCUUAAUGAACCGUAGCCCGUCUCGAGGCCCGGCAGCACUCAUGCAGCUCCUGAUCACUCAAUCACCUUCCUGUGUACAGUAGGUGUGUUGCCAGCCAUUCACACAAAAUUGGUUGUGUGUUAAUGGUAAAACUGUACCGCUGUACACGGACUAUGGCGGUGAUAGCGUCACGGUCUGAGGCUGCACGAGUGCUGCUGGACACCGAGGAGAUUUGUGGUUCAUUUCGGGAAAACCUCAAUUAUGUGUUUUCCCUUAAUGAGACGCAACCAGCUAUCCAGACAAUACUGGCUUAAUGUUGACAGUAAAAAAAAAAACUACAAUGCAUGAGAAAAUUAACAGGCAGCGUCUCUCGAGGCCCGGCAGCACUCGUGCAGCCCCUGAGCACUCAAUUAUCUUGCUACGACACGUUUUUCCAGCUAUUCAGACAAAAUUGGCUGUGUUCCUCGUGGAUACUAUACCGCUGUACAAGCUUUACACCGACUAUGGCGGUGGUAGCGUCAUGAUCUGAGGCUGCACGAGUGCUGCUGGACACCGAGGAGAGUUGCGGUUCAUUUUGGCAAAACAUCAAUUAUGUGUUUUCACUUAAUGAGACGCAACCAGCUAUCCAGACAAUACUGGCUUAAUGUUGACAGUAAAAAAAAAAAACUACAAUGCUGAAGAAAAUAAACAGGCAGCGUCUCUCGAGGCCUGGUAGCACUCGUGCAGCCCCCUGACCACUCAAUUGUGAAUUAUCUUGCUACGACACGUUUUUCCAGCUAUUCAGACAAAAUUGGCUGUGUUGUUCGUGGAUACUAUACCGCUGUACAAGCUGUACACCGACUAUGGCGGUGGUAGCGUCACGGUUUGAGGCUGCACGAGUGCUGCUGGACACCGAGGAGAGUUGUGGUUCAUUUCUGGAAAACAUGAAUUAAAACACGAAUUCCAGCUUUGCUGACAUAUCGUGUUUUCCCUUAAUGAGCCGCAGCCUCCUUCGUGUCCCGGCAGCACUCAUGCAGCCCCUGACCGCAUAAUUACUUUGCUACUUAUGUGUUGCCAGCUUUUCAGACACUUUUAGCUGUAUGUUGAUAGUAGAAACUAUACUGCUGUACAAGCUGUACACUGACUAUGGCGGUACUAGCCUCAGGCUGCAUGAGUGCUGCCAAACACUGAGGAGAGUUGCGGUUCAUUGUGGGAAAAAAUGAAUUAAGACACGAAUUCCAACAUCUGUUGACAUGUUGAUAGUAGAAACUAUACUGCUGUACAAGCUGUACACUGACUACUCUAAUGUAUAUUCAUUUCUAUACAAAUAGUUGAAGUAUAAGACGUAUUAGAAUGCAGUGUUUCUACUUUCUUUAGAAUGUUUCUCACACGCUCACGAUUGUUUUCCUAUUUUAAUCCAUCGAAUGUGACACUUUGUCCGCUGUCAGCCAAAGCAAUAAUUCACAUUAUUUUAUUCUUUUUUUGUUUUGUUUGUUUGUUUAUUUUUGCGCCACGCGUGCCUGCCGUGUUUUUUUUUUUUAUUUCUUUAUUUUUUUGGUGUUCUCUUAACGCAAUGUUUACAAUUGAAAAAAAAAAAGAAGUAAUAAUUCAUGUAAUGAGAAGCGAGGUGUUGAUGGUGUUGACCAGUCAGUCAAUGCACCAAAAAAGCAAAAGUACUACAAAAUACUGUAAAAACAAGUUUAAAAAAAAACUUGUUUCUCAAAGAAAGAAAAAAAAGUUAUGUUUUAAAAUUAAUAGUGUAUUAUUAUACAAAGUUCAGUUUUUUCUUAUUUUAUUUACAUUUUUAUGUAUUAUUAUUCAUCAUUUUUAAAUAUAGACAAUCAAUAGAUACAUCAGAUUAUUAAUAUUAAAUUUCAAUAAAUAAAUAAAUAACGAUAAAAUUUGGUAAAUGGAUUCAUGUAUUGAAAAAUUAUUAAAGAUGUAUUUCAAUUUCUGUUAUUUAUUUAAAAUUAAAAUGUGUUUAAUAAAUCAAACCUGAUUUACUUUUACAAAAUUAAGCUCCAAUAAGCUAAACUAAAUCAAAAAUACUAAAGAAAUUAUGGUGGGUUAAUUUACUUAUUUAAAGCUAAUGUAAUGUAAACAAUACAUUAAAAAAAAUCAAGCUAAACUAAUAUUGAUACGAUUUAAAAAGUCACAUUAAAACUACAUUGUAAACAUCGAAACUAACUAAAAAUCCUUAAUUAGAAAUUGAAACCAGCCUGUGUCGUUGAUUACGUUGCUGUCACAUUUGAUUUGAAAACAAAUGACCGAAACAAUUAUUUUCUAUUAAGCACUGUUGUCAAAAAAAAAAAAAAAAAAGUAAUUAACUGUCAAAGACGGCGCUUUCUUAUCUCAACGCUUUGUUUUGCCAUUUAACGCAAUUAGCCUUUUUGCUUGCAACACACGCAGUUUGGCGUCCACGUGUCCACGGAGUCUCUUUGUUGCAUCCGCGUGGCUUUUCGAAACAGCGGCUGGCUUCUAAAUCUACGCCGUGCGCCCACGCGCGUUCGUCGGGCCUUUCAAAAUAAGAGUACAGACGAGUGUGCUGUAGUAGAUAGACGAUUAUUCGUGGGUUGCUUCUUCGGUCUGCAUGAUUGUAUCUUCACUUUAACCGCCUUGAUAUUCUUCUCUGUUCUUCGAUGAAGCCCGAAAGGUAAACAAUAGAUAUUGUAACGCUGUGCUUUCUUUGUCUGUUCUGUGCAUUUGAGACCACAAUAAAAGGCAAAAGACAGUCAAA